AUGUCGUGCUGUAACAAGGUAACUACCGCUACUGUAGCGAAGCCGACGUCGUGCUGCGGGCCCAAAGCUUCCUCCGCUUCGUCGGAAGCAAAGCCGGCGACUUCAUCAUGCUGCGGACCUAAGACUGUUCCCGCUCCGGCUGAGCCUACUAAGAGCAGCUGCUGCGGCCCUAAAUCCGCCUCGUCUCCCGCCGCUGCGACCGGCGGCGCGGGGAGCGACGUGACGCAUGCUGACGUGAGCGAGUAUUACGGGAAGACGGUGCAGCAACAGACGGAUCUGCAGACGUCAGCGUGCCUGGUGAAGGGAGGCCUGGGAGCGGACAUUCGCCGCCUGCUCAGCAACGUCCACGAUGAGAUCUUGUCGAAAUUCUACGGCUGUGGCUCGCCCAUCCCUCCUCUGCUCAAGGGCUGCACGGUGCUGGAUUUGGGGUGCGGAACAGGGAGGGACGUCUACGUGGCAGCGCAGCUGGUGGGGCCCACAGGCCAGGUCAUCGGCAUCGACAUGACAGACGAGCAGCUGGCAGUGGCGCGCAGGCACGAGGAGUACCACCGGGAGAAGUUCGGUUUCGACAAGUCCAACGUGUCGUUCAGGAAGGGGUUUAUAGAGGAUCUCAGGGCUGCUAAUGUCGAGGACAGCUCCGUCGACGUGGUGGUGUCAAACUGUGUCAUCAACCUCGCCCCCAGCAAGGUGCCUGUGAUCGCUGAGAUCGCCCGCGUGCUUAAGACGGGCGGCGAGCUCUACUUCUCGGACGUCUUUGCCGACCGCAGGAUCCCAAAGCACCUGCAACAGGACAAGGUUCUGUUCGGCGAGUGCCUCAGUGGGGCUCUCUAUUUGGAGGAUUUCCGCCGCCUCAUGGCCUCUGUGGGUCUGGGUGGGUGGGGAGUGGUGGAGGCUCGAGAGCUAGACGUGGAAAAUCCAGACAUUGCCGCACGGGUCGGCCCGAUUCGAUUCUACAGCUUGACCGUCCGGGCGGUGAAGCUGCCCUCAGGGGCGGGUGACGGGGAAGGCGAGGACCUGCCCGAGAAUUACGGGCAGACGGCGACGUAUUCCGGGUCUAUUCCGGGACAAGCGGGGGAAUUUUCUCUGGACGAUGUGAGAAUUUUCCAGACGGGUGUGCCGACACCUGUGGAUGCUACAACUGCUGCCAUGCUGACUGUGUCGCGCUACAGCAGUGCAUUUACUGUUACUGAGAAGGGGGCUCACCAGGGUCCCUUCACUGCCUGGGCAAGGUUUCCAGCUUCGGUGGCUGGUGCCUGGUGGUCUGCAUCUGUAGAGAAGGCCAAAUCUGGGUGUUGUUAA